GACCAGGAACCAAUCACAGGAGCUCUGUGACGCUCAUGAAUAUUAAUUAGGAAGGUGGGUGUGCAGCGCGAGCAGUGAGGCACGUAGUGCGCAGGCGCGAGGUCCUGCCUUCUACAACAAGAAGCAAGAGCCAGGCAAGAUGGCCGACCUGGGGAAGAAGUACUGCGUUAACUGCCUCGCGGAUGUUACAAACCUGCGGCUUCGCUGCACCGACUGCCCCGAUAUCGAGCUGUGUCCCGAGUGCUUUUCGGCAGGUGCAGAAAUCGGUAAUCACCGGAGAUGGCAUGGCUACCAGCAGGUCGACGGCGGUCUGUUCUCACUCUGGGGUCCCGAAGCAGAGGGAGGAUGGACCAGCAGGGAAGAGCAGUCGCUCCUCGAUGCCAUCGAGCAGUAUGGAUUUGGAAACUGGGAAGACAUGGCGGCUCAUGUCGGAGCAUCCCGGACCCCUCAGGAAGUCAUGGAGCAUUAUGUCACCAUGUAUAUUCAUGGUAACCUGGGUAAAGCCUGCAUCCCUGACAAUAUUCCAAACCGAGUAACGGACCACACCUGUCCCAGUGGGGGCCCCCUGUCUCCAAGCCUCACCACCCCCCUUCCCCCGCUGGACAUAAUCCUGGCGGAGCAGCAGCAGCUUGGCUACAUGCCACUACGAGAUGACUAUGAAAUUGAAUACGACCAGGAUGCAGAGAAGCUGAUCAGCGGGCUGUCUGUCAACUACGACGACGAAGAUGUGGAAAUUGAGUUAAAGCGUGCCCACGUGGACAUGUACGUUCGUAAGCUAAGGGAGCGCCAGAGACGCAAGAACAUCGCCCGAGAUUAUAACCUGGUGCCCGGGUUCCUCGGAAGGGACAAGAAAGACAAGGAGAAGGAGAAACCUGGUGGGCUGGGAGUGGGAGGAGCCUCUGUUGGUGUGGGUGGGGCUGGAGUAGGAGGAGGAGUUGGAUCGGCAUCCACAGCAGGAGCUGGGUCUGGUCCCAUUCCCGGUACCCCCAAAAGGAAGAUCACCAAGGAAGAGAAGGAGCAGCGAGUGAGAUUACGGGCGCUUUGCCAGUUCAUGGCCCAUCGAGAGUUUGAAGACUUCUUUGAGAACAUGCACAAGGAGCGAGCGCUGAGAGCGAAGGUGCGUGAGCUGCAGCGCUACCGCCGCAACGGCAUCACACGUCUGGAAGAGUCAGCAGAGUACGAAGCUGCUCGACACAAACGGGAGAAACGGAAAGAGAACAAGAGCGUGGUGGCCUCCAAGCGCGGCAGUUCAGGAGGAGCCGGUUUGGGUUCUGGGACGGGACUUGGGGGUGGAGCUGGAGGAGGCGUCGCUGGAGGGCUGGGGGUUGGCGGUGGGCUCAAAGAAGAUGGUAAAGACGGAGAGUUUGCAGCCAUUGAGAAUCUGGCGGGCUUUGAGCUCCUGUCAGAUAGAGAGAAGGUGUUGUGUAACUCGCUGAACCUGAGCCCGACGCGCUACCUGACUGUCAAAACCAUCAUCAUCAAAGAUCAUCUCCAGAAAAGGCAAGGCAUCCCCGCCAAGAGCCGACUGCCCAGCUAUCUGGACAAGGUUCUCAAGAAACGGAUUCUCACCUUCCUGACGGAGAGCGGCUGGAUAUCCAGAGACGCCUCGUAGCGCCGGGUCAGGGCUGGUGAGCUGACCCGGCUUCCAACAACAAACGGAACACUUGACUUUUCUUUUCAGGCUUGUGAAUAUGUACAUUUGUAAAUAAAAGGUGUCCUUUUGGAAAAAACACAUUUAUUUUCACGCAAAGUCCCCAAAUGCUACUCCUAUCAUUUUUACAUUCUGCCCACAUUAGCUCUAGAUGACCAAAUGGACGGUCCCAGUAAGUAUGGAACAAGCCCCCAGCAGCUCUACUUUAGAUGUUCUCCUGUCCACAAACACCUAAGCCCCGUCUACCAUAGGUCAGCUGUUUCUCUGCACCUCCACACCUGAUUCAGGAGCCUGUUCAUCUCCACCUGAUUAAAGCUGGUGUGUUGGAUCACUGAAGCCUCUAAAUACUGGAGACAGACAUUUAUUCAUGCUGAAUGUGUAAAAGCUCCUUUUGGGACCAGGUGCAAUAGAACAGGUGUGAGACAAACCUCUGCCUCAUCACCGAUCGGUGUCUGCAGAGCUUUAUGGCCUGCUGACCAGGUGAUUCGGAGCAGGGAAACAACUAAAACAUACUGGUUAGUGGCUUUUGAGCACCAGGGUUGAAUAGUCCUUUAACUAUUUCAGCAUUUUUGUCAAAAUAGUGUGAAGUUAUUUUUAUGAAUAGAUUUAAAAAGUGUCUAUCGGGCGUGCCAUCGGACUUUAAAUGUACUUAUCUAGUGUUCAGAGUAAAAUCCUUCCAACCUUUCAGUAUUGGUGGCAGCCAACUUGAUACGUUUCUGCAGUCUCACGUUCUUUCUAGUGUUUUAGUUUAGCUCAACAACCUCCGUUUGGAGAAAUACAGAUGAGUUCUGACGAAGAUGCACCAACGAAUCUCAACACUUCACAGCCGUUUAUGCAAACAUUAUUUAUAUGACAUGGUUACUCUGACUGAAUAUAGCUAGCUUGGUUGCACAUUUCCCAUGCAAACAGCCAUUUAAUUAAUAGUAAUUAUAGAAGCGCUAAACGAACACAUGCUUAUGAACGGGUGUUUGCAUAAACUUCUGUGACCUGUUUGAGACUUGAACACCAGACCUGAACCGACCUGCUGUAACUUUGGAAGUCCAGUCGGAAAUACAAUUUGUUUAAUCAAAUAAAAUAAAAAAUAUAUCUUUCAAUAGCUAUUGAUGAAAAACUUGGGUUAAAACCUGAACUGAACCCAGCAACAUUACUUACAGAUGUGACUGGCUUGGACCAAGAUUGUCUGAAAGGAUUCAAAUGGUUUGAAUUUGAAUCUAAACGGAUCAGAGCGUCCUGAAUGCUCCUAGUUAGUUUUAGUAACUCCGCUUUAACCAGUGGCGUGGUACAAAGCAGGCUGAAUAACUGAAUGUGUGUUUGCUCAGACCCAGCUCAGGGUUUCCUAGUGGUCACCAGCCCCCAGAGUCCGUUAUUCAGCUAAAGCAGGCGUGGGGAACCCUGGUCCUCGAGGGCCGGGAUCCUGCAUGUCUGCUCCAACACUUCUGAUUCAGCGGUUGAUUCACCUGUCCAGCAGCUCAUCAGGCUCUGCAGAAGCCUGUUAAUCUCCCGCUGAUUGAAACCAGGUGUGUUGAAGCAGGGUUGAAACUAAAAUAUGCUGGAUAGCGGCCCUCGAUGGACCAAGGUUCCCCACCCCUGAGCUAAAGGUGCAUUUACCAUUGCUAGAAGGCUGAAUGUUAACGUUUGUGUUUGCCAUUAUUUUUGAUGAAAAUAGUCAUUGCCUUGCAUCAGGGUGGUAAAAGAACAGAAGCUGUAGUGUGAGCGUGAGCUGAAGGACUCUAGCCAUGAAGACGUGCUAGCGUGCGGAGGUGGUUGCAUGCCGUAACUAAAAAGUAGAAGGUGACUUUAGGAAGUUUUAUCAGGUGGUUGCAUCCAGUUUUUACGGUAUUCCCAUGUUUUCAUAGACUGGCAUAUUUAAUGUGGUAUUGAACUUGGAAAACAGAAAGAUCCUGUAUAUUUAUUUCAUGGAGCCUUUUCUUGUUCCAAAGGAAGUUGGUUUAAGUUUUAUUUUUCUCCAGCGGCACACUGUGGUUCUCUUCUGCUGACUCAACCAACUCUCCUGGAUUGUUCUGAAGUAACGUCUCACCAAACAAAGCAGAAGAUGGGAAAUGGGCUUCAUCAAUGCACCAGAUGUAAAUAGAAAUGUGUACAUUGGGUAAAAGGGUGUAAUUAGAGACGUGGGAUGUGUACAGUAUUUUGUUUCAUAAAAAGUUUUAUAGUUUUUGUAAUAAAGACUUUAAAUCUCAACAAGGAGGCUGGUUGUGAGUCGUGUGCGGCGGAGCCGCUUCAUAUACACGUUUUAAUGUUGACUGCAGCUCUAAUGUGCCCAUGGGCUUCUCUGCUUUUACAGCAGUUCUCUUCAUUGUGAGGGAUCACUCUAGUUAAUUUUAGUUGGUGUCAACAUUUUCUUCAGAUUCAGAAGACUUGUGUCAUUCAGUCAGUGCAGAUGCAUUUCUCAACAACACUGAGAGCACAGGGCUCAAGUUAAAACAUCACAAAAGUUACAGAUUAAAAACUACCGACAUUAAUGUACAAAGGAAAGUGCCAGUGGCGGCUGGCCAGUAGAGGGCGAUAGGGCGCCGCCCUCCCAGUU